AUGACUCGAACAAGUAUACACUCCAAUUGGAGACCAAGAGCUACUAUGGGGAACCCCAAAAAACAGGGUAUGUCCCAGGGAACAUCCGGGAAGACCCCCUCUACAAAAUUGAGCUCCCUAACUCGAUAUUUCAAGGACUCCACAGACCACAAGGCCGAGGCCACUGAGAGCAAAAUGGCGGUGGCAAAGAUUCAGACCGAAUCCUCACCCUCCAGCCCGACACCAUCAGAGGGUUCCCAUAAAUCUCAGGAUAAAACAAGAGACAAUUAG